CGGAUACAUUGUCUGUAGCCAGAGUGGCAUGGUUUGCUACUCUGUAGUCACGGCUGCUUGUUUUGCUACCUUGUAGCCAGAGUCGCUUGUUUUGAUACACUGUAGCCAGGGCUGUCUGGACGUCUGCCGUCUGCGUUUGCUGCGCGCUCAUUGGCCGUUUGACGAGAGGGGGCGUGGCUUCGUCAUAACAAUGCAUUUCAAGGAACACACACGCGCCAAGGACUGUUUUCCGACGCUCCGGAGCUAACGUCGCCUCUCACGCGCCGCGAGCGGGUUCUGCUAACUCCGUUAGACGCCGCCGGUGACCGAGGUGAAGGUUUCUGACGGGUUCAUGGCGGACCGCCGGGCUCCCUAUGCUGCGGCUGAGAACGUGUGCUAGCUGGCUAACGUUAGCAACAGCUACCGCCAAGUCCGUCGGGGGGGGGACAUUGUCAAAAUUGUGUCGGGAGAGGCUGCAGUGCGGAGGUUUACCCGUGAAGAGCGCUUCGUGGCGGACGGCGGCGGACGGUCGGAGUGGGUUACGUGCACGGGGAACUUGAUGGGAAGCGACAUUUCGGAGGCUGAAACACCUGCCACCCCCCCUCCUCUUCUCACCGAGGAAGCAAACUAGCUAAGAAAGGUAAAGACAAUCAGAGGCCAUAUAUAAGUGCCUCCACUGUACGGUUUCCUUUACCGGGGUGUGACUCGUCUGCACGACGUCACCAAUGCGACCAUGGGAAAUAGCAGUAAAUAGGCUGCCACCAACAGCCCCCUUAAACCCGAGGAGGUUCCUUGGAGAGCCCUGCAACGCCCCAGUGCAUCUCAGGAGAAGCCCACCGGUGAGACGGCAGUGGGGGAGACGAGACAGACCUGUGCUCCACACUUCCCCGGUCCAGGAUGAGAACUUCCAUCAUCUGCUUUUCUCCCAACAUCACCAACAGGUUCCUUUAGAUGAGUCCAGACAGUACAGCCACACCAGCACACCACCACGCAUGCUUCACCCUGCUGCACACCUGCCCCAGCAGAGCCCCAUCAUGGUGGAUCUACAUGAACAGAUGCACCAGGGAUCAGUUCCAAUAUCAUACACUGUUACGACGGUGACGACCCAUGGAUUUCCCAUCCACACCGGGCAGCCCCUUCCAGGGUGCAACGCUCAGCAGCUCCCAGCAUGCUCGGUAAUGUUCAGCGGACAGCUCUCUCUGCUCUGCUGCCUUCCUCCUCCUCUCAUACAGGCAUGCACCAUGCAGCAUAUACCGGUGUCUUAUCAAACCUUUCCACCCCUGAUCUCCAGUGAACAUUUUGUACUGCACCCGACCCCAUCUGUGCCCCCCCACCAGCCGCCGCACCUUACUCCUUUGAGCCAGUUUGUCCCUUUACAGCCUCAGCACCCACGCAUGCCUCUACAGAGGGUAGAGAAUGAAGUCGACCUAAGAGGGGACCAGCACCCAUUAGGUACCUUCUCCUACCCUCCCUCUCAUCACCCACCAGCGCUGCCUCCUUCUCUGCCCCUACAAUAUCUUCCUCAAGAACCUCUGCAUCAGGAGCUUCCCUUUGGAGUGCCAUAUCCCCACAUGCUGCCCCGGCGAGUGAGCGGACAGAGAUACCGGUUGCAGCAGCCUCUCCCUCCUCCACCCCCACCUCCAUCCUACUACCCAGGCUUCCUCCCUUACUUCCUGUCAAUGCUUCCUGUGCCUCCUACAGCAGUGGGUCCAGCCAUCAGUCUAGACCUGGAUGUGGAUGACGUGGAGAUGGAGAACUAUGAAGCAUUACUGAAUCUGGCAGAAAGGUUGGGCGAAGCGAAACCACGUGGACUCACAAAAGCAGAUAUAGAGCAACUUCCGUCCUACAGAUUCAACUCAGAGAAUCAUCUAUCUGAACAAACGCUGUGUGUUGUGUGCUUUAGUGACUUUGAGUGUAGGCAGCUACUUCGGGUAUUACCUUGUAACCACGAAUUCCAUGCAAAGUGUGUGGAUAAAUGGUUAAAGACCAAUCGCACUUGUCCUAUCUGCCGAGCUGACGCCUCGGACGUACACCGGGAGGUGGAGUGAGAACUGUCUCUGAGUGCUGAACUGGAAAGCUGCACACAACCAGAGUGUUGUCCCAAAGCUGGGGACCCCUGCCACCAAACCUGCGUCCUCCAGUAAAUAUAGCUUACGAACCCACUACUCCCGCCCCUCCCUGAAUAAUAAGCAAUCCAGGAUUGUCUCUGGAGCCUGUUGUACCUCUGCUGUGCUUCAUUGUCCGAGUCUCAUGAAACCCACUGCCUACUGCAGCCUAUAGCCAGAGUUCUGGGAUCGCCAGCCAGUUCUUUCUCUGCCCCCUUGUUGCAGAUUCCAAAGAUUUUCUCCCUACAAUGCAUUAUUUGCUGCUUUUGUUUACAGGGUUUCAUUUUUUUAAUCUAGUGGAUUUGGUUGCGGUGUUCAUGAAAUAUGGGAGUCCUGCAUUGGACGAGAUGGGUCGGGAGCCUGGAGGAUGAUAGGCUGGACACCUUGUGCAAUUAGCAGAAAAAUAAUAGGAGUACUUCAACAUGGGUAUCUGUGCUUGGAGGCGACACCUAACCAUCAUAGAUGCAUGUUUGUGUAGGUGUUGGGCAAAGUGACUUGUUAAUAAUGUAUGUUCUGCAAUAAUGUAUCGAUCCUUUUUAACAGUUUUACCCCUUGUUUUAGACUUUGCCAAUGCUAUUGUGAAAGUGUGACUUGCUGUGGUGAAACGCAGAUUCUGCUAAAGCCUGAGGUUAUGGACUGUAAGCGGUGGCGUCGCCCACCCCGGAUAAUCGACCCCCGGAACACAGAUCUGAACAAAAAGCAGUCAUGGAUUAAUGGACUGCGUCUUUUUGAGGUCAUCUGGCAUAACUGCACAAGUGCUACAUCCACCCUCCACGUCAGCAUUGUUCCUCCGGCAAGUGUGUGCGUGUGCAUAUUGUGUGUAUGUUUGUCCUGUUCACAGAGCCAAUGCAUUGUGUAACCACUGGAUACAGGGCAGCAUGCUAGGAUUUGCAUGAACUCUUGAUUCAGACUAGCAAUAUUUAAAUCAAGCAUUGCCACCAAAAUGAUCAAAUUUUAAAAGAAACAGAAGCAUACUAAAAGAACUGCUUGCUUAUUUAGAGAGCGCCAUGAGGGGAGACUAGCAUGUGGUUCCACCCUGACUGUGUUUGAGUAUGGGAGUCCUCAUCCAAAGGCUAUGCUGACGCCAUAGAGCUUUGGAGGCCUGUGCAGAAAGCAAUAUGUGCAGUGAGUGGUGAGUUUGAAAUGAACAUUUUCUUCCCCUUUUAGGAAGACUGGGCUUUUUAUUUCUUUGUUUAUGAGCCAAAUCCAAUAUACAGAUAUAGCCUACUGUUGAAGAUUUCAGAUCUGCCUUUUUAAUGACCUUGACAAGCACAAACCUAUGACUAAUCCUGAAAAUACUUUGUCAUUUCCACUUGUUUUAAAAGUAUGCUUUUUUUUUUAAGGUUUAUUUAUUGGUUUUAUCCUCUAGAGAAAAUACGCUGAAGGAAACAGUUGGUGCACUAACAACGUUUGCGUAAGGUAUGUGUUAUAAUCUGGUUACUCGGUCAGGUCAUUGUCUUAGGCCAUGGUAAUGGUGUUGUAAAAGAGAACCUGUAUGUAUAGCUUCAGUGUGAAUGCUUUUCGAUAAACGUUUGAAGACAGAAGAAUGUUGAAAACACUCGUAGAAGUCACUGGUGACACUCCGCGUCACGCCAGCUGUCUGUUUCUCCACGGUGUCAAGAACAGGCUUUACAUGACAGAGCUGGAGUGUUCGGUAGAGCAGAAACACUGUUAGACUUCUAGUACCCCGCUUGUGUUAACACAGAAAAACAACAAAAAAGUGAAAAAAAAAGAAGAAAAAAAACAGGAUAUAUUUGGGGUGGGGGGAAAAGAGAUGUUUUUGUUUUUCUCCUUUGAUUUUAGAUUAACUCUUAACUGCCCCAGUAAGCACUAACAGGCAGUUGUAACCUUUGCUUUUAUAUGUGAAGGGAUCUUGCCUUUUUCUUUAGAUUCUUAAGUGAAUGUGAGUCUUUGACGUGUGCCACCUUCAAGAGAAAAAAAGAAGCCAUUUAAUGAGUUAAACCCACAGCUUUGAGAAUUAACCUAUGUGUACAUAUCUAUUCGCUGGCAUAUAUUGUAAGUUUAAAAAAAAAAAAAUCACUCAGGGCCUCUCAGUAUAUGAAAAUAAAGGAGAACAGUCCAUUUUGAAUGGAAGGAUGCCAUGUAAAAGGGUAUAUCUGAAUUUAGUUUGGUCGUUUUCCUUAGACCAUAAAUAAUUUAAUGUAAUCAAUUAUAAUAUGUUUUGUCUGAAAUAGUAGAUAUUACAUCAUUUAAAGACAGGCAUGCAAGAAAAAAAAGAUCAGUUAAUAUGUUGAUAUUAUUCACUGAAAAGAGGCAAUGUACACUGCAACUCAUUACAAGUGUAUUAUUCAAACCUGUUUGACUUUUGUUCUUGUACUCGGACCAUAUGCUCAGACAUAGCGGUUGUGAUCCCUUUUUUUCAAAAACGUGCCACAACGCACACUAUCCUACCUAAUUCACUCCCAAAUCUACUUCAGAGGUGUUUGCAUGACUUUAAAAAAAAUAAAAUAAAAUAAUGAUAAUAACAAAUAAAACAAGUGUGUUAGUGGAGGAUAUCUGAAAAAUUUCGACGGGGACCUAUUUAACGGUGCACAAUAUGCAUGCUUGUCGACCAGAUCCCAACUGAUUUUUAGCUCUAGUUGGCUUUGGGUUCUGGGGGUUUGGAUCUUAACGCUCAGCUGAUAACUGCCAUGCAUUGUACUGCACACAUUUGUAAUAGAACUGAAUGACUACAAGAUUUUAUUGCGCUAACUUCAUUUUAUAGAGAAAAAAAAAAGGAAAAGAAAAAAAAAAAACACUGGUCUUGAAUCCAGAAAUUCUUACAUACAUUGUGUUACUGUUAUUGCCCUAACGACUGAAAAAUUACAUGCUCUGAAACUACUGUAGUUUAUCAAAAAGCCAUAGUGAAAAGGUGCUAGAUGUUCUGCUUUUAGGUAUGAAAACUCACUUGCGUGAAUGCAAUAGUUUGUCAUGGAUCCCAUGUAUUCUUCAAGCAUGUUAUACCAGUACCCCUGAACAAUGUCAGUGAAGAUCAAUAUAGUUUAAGGGAAUUAAAAGAAAAAAAAAAAAGAAUAAAGUGUUGUCAUACUUAUUUCAGUGUAGUACUGUAUCUGCCUAUCAGGCUCUUGCUCUCAGUGUAUCAAUAUCUUAAAAUGUAUUGUUCACAUAUAGAUACCUUAAUUCAUGUUAAUGUUAGCACUAUUCUGUUGGAGUAAAUAUUUAAUUGACAAUAUCCAGCUACCCUAUGAAAUAAAAGAGAACCUCCCAUUAAGGCCUAGGUAAUGAGGUAACUUUUAAUGACAACUGAGAAUAGAGUCUUGUAGUCUUUCUGUUAAGAGUUAUUGAAUAAUCUCACAGCUUGUGUGGUGCAAAAAAAAAA